CAUGUCUCAUUAUAAUGUGGGCAUGACUGGUGACCUUCUCCCUGGGUUAGAACUUCUGCAGACGUGGACUUCCAGUUGACACCUCUUCUCUCGUUUGUUUCAUAUUACUCCAGCCAGCACAAGUCUGAAAUAAUUGUAACAUGAUAACGACAAAAUUAUGAGAAUAUAGACGUGCAAUUUUUAAUUUGCAGGUUGGACUUGGAGCAUGGACGGUGUCGUCCGCGUCUCCGUCCAAAAAACGGCGCAUGGACGGACUUCCCCCAUGUUAUGAGUUUCCCGUAUCCGCAAGACCUAUGUCCGCUCCGUCAUCGAUCAAUCCGGCUGCUUUCAAGAUGUUUAACAGAUAUUAAAGGACAAGGACAUUCAGUAAGCCAGCCAUCCUUUUAAAAUACAGCAUGGGUGUACCGACUCUGAUCUAUAAAACUGGUGGUGCAGCUGUAAUUCCAGGCAUUUCCGAAGCAGCGAGCAAGCUGGAAAAACCAAAGGUGAACAGAUUGUUCCUGCCUUUCAAAGCUGUUUACUUUUGGCUGUGGUCAGGUAGUGCAUGUAUCCUGCCUUUCUUCCCAGUCUACAUGACAUAUGUGGGACUCAGCACCAUCCAGACAGGUCUCAUCCAAGGUUUGGUCCCAUUUGUAGGGAGUGUUGCAGGACCAUUCUGGGGAAGUCUUGCUGACAAAUCAGGCAAGCACAAGACUAUCAUGCUCAGCAGUAUGAUAGUAUCAACCGUCAUCUACGGAAGUUUGGUUUUUCUACCUCUCUUGAAUCAUGACAAGGCUGAAGUGGCCUGGACAAAUAUCACCAAUGCUACAGAUCGAGACUUUAUUCCGUUGGAGGUUGUAAACAGUGUGGAGUUCUUGCUGGACACGAGAGACUCUGAUGGUUUUGUUCACAAUAACAGGGAUUGUCAUGAGGUUGACAAUAGUUUAAAGGUUAAUUCAGGGCAUUGUUUUCAAAUGAUAUUUUUCAGCAAUGAUACAGGUACCGGUAUUCAAAAUAAUAGGACAGAUAAUGAUUUAGAUGUGAAAGAGUGCAACAUUUGUCUAUUGUGCAAUGAUAUCAAAGUGGAAUUUUUCAAAAAGAGUCAUAGUUUAAGUGAUAAGUGUCGGAAAAUCUAUACCAUAGCUGUUUCAAAGUGCUCUUUAGUGUGUAGCACAUCUAGUAGUGAUCAUAGCUUGCAUCUAUCAAGAACUAUUAAGCUAGGAAUCAUUUAUCAGGAUGAGCCAGUUUCUUUCAAUUCACAACCAUUCAACAAGAAUACCACUGCCAUGUUUGCCACCAUGAUGGCAAUGGUCUUCACUGGUCGUUUCUUCAAGAGUCCUAUCGUACCGAUCCUAGAUUCUACCACGAUGAUGCUUGUCAAGGAGCUCAAGGAAGUUGGCAUUGAGGCGGACUAUGGGAGACAGAGGCUAUGGGGUGCUGUUGCCUGGGGCACUGUGUCCCCCCUAGCGGGAUUCCUCAUAGAUGUCUAUGCUGCCAAUGUUCCUUCAUUCAAUCAAUACCUUCCAGGAUUCUGCAUGUAUGUCCUUGUCUACUUCCUGGCCUUUGCCACUGCCACCUGCAUCAAGGUACCAAGGCAUAACCCUCCUGCACGAUCCGUCUCCAGGAAUAUAUGUGCAAUCCUCUGUAAAGCCAACAUCUUAGUCUUCUUAAUCGCUAUUGGAGUCACUGGAAUAUCUGUUGGGUUACUUACUACAUACCUCUUUCUUUUCAUUGCUGAGCUCUCAGGAUCACAUACAUUGAUGGGUCUAACUUUAACCCUGACCUGCGUGUCUGAAGUCCCAUUCAUGUACUUUGCCACCAAGCUCAUUGAAAAGCUCGGUCAUCGUGGUGUUAUAACACUCACGCUCUUCUGUUACGCUCUCCGCUUUGGUGGUUAUUCUCUCCUUCAAAAUCCGUGGCUGGUGCUUCCCAUAGAGCUGCUUCAUGGCGUAACUUUUGGUGCCCUGUGGCCUACAAUUACAUCCUACUGCAUCCUGAUGGCUCCUGAGGGGAUGGCAACAACUAUGCAAACUUUGGCUACUUCUGCCAAAAGUGGAAUUGGAAUGGGAAUAGGAACAAUAGGCGGGGGUGUCAUCUACCAUGUCUAUGGAGCUAGAAACUUGUUCAGAGGGGCGGCCAUCUUGUGCCUGGCAACCAUGAUCUUUUACUGGCCAAUCAGCUUCUGCCUUGACAGACGGGAGGCACGGGUAAAUCGUCAGAUACAGUAUGAAGAAAUCUCCUGAAUUAAUCGCCAUGGAAUCAAGUCACUUAUGUCAUAUAAUUGAACAAUCAUUGGCCUGGGUUUAUAAACAUAUAGAACCAGGGCAAUGAUCCAUUGACUUCAAUGGGGUAUUCAUUUGGUCAUAUCUCGGGUCAUCUUGAACCAAUUCCUGCUAAAUUUUUGGUGUGGAUGUUCGUCAUGAUCGUGCUCCUCUGAGAAAUGAAAUUAAAAAAAAAGACCUGAUGAGAUUGCAAGACAUUUGCAUAUUUAUAUUGACGUGCAAUGAAAAUUCCAUCAUUACUAUUUUCAACGAAAAACUUUAAAAAGAAUUAUUUUGAAAUGAUUAAGUUUCUCUAAAAUUUGAAAUCGGAACAGCUAAAAAUCUUUCAGGCUAUUGCAAAAUACAUUAUGUCACAGAUAAAACAAAACCAAGAAUUACCAAUGUUUUAUCUUCGCUCAUCCACAUUAAGAUAAAAAUGAUAAACAUUUAUGAGCGUGUUUUAGGGAUGAAGUGUAAGGUAUUAACAAUAUAGGCCAUGCACUAGGCACGUCGUGCGAGUGCUUUUGCAUAAUAUUGUGAAUACCCGAGAUACUUGCAUCAUCAUUAAUAUCACAAAUUUUGAAAAUAGUAAGCAGUGUUACUUGCUAGUGGAAAGAUUAGUUGACAUGAAUCCAACUAAAUUUUCUAGGAUUGCACAGACAAAGAGGUCAUAUCUGCUUUAUAUUAUGACAUCACAGGCAUAGUGCAUUAAUAUCCUUUCCAUAGGCUUUUCUUUUGACACACUGGGGAGAAUGAUGCACCCAAAAUGGAGAAAUGACCUAUCGAAGUCAAAUUUCCAAACUUAUUUAAAUGGUUCUAUGCAUUUCUGCAGGGUAAAAGUCUUAAAAUAAGUUUUUUUAUCUUAUCUAGCUUUUUAUAUAAACAAUAUAUAAAACACAGAAAUUCCACCAUAUUGGACAUUUAAGGAUUUAAUAGAUUAUAUUGUAUUUAAGCUGGCACUUGUAAUAUUUAUGCGUUAUAUCAUUAAUUCCAUUGCCAUUGUAAAGAAUUUUGGAGUUACAAACUUCUGGAUUACAGAUAGUCUCAGUUUUCUUAUUUCAAUUUUUACUGUAUUUCAAACAUUCAUACUGUAGAUUCAUAGAUUAAAUUCAUUUCAUUAAAGUCAUUUUCAUCAUUUUAUUAAGUGAUCCUGGACAAUUAGAGCAAUAGGCAGCAAUGAGAAAAAUUUGAUUCAAGCUUGUUUACCAUCUCAAAUAUUGUUUUUUCAUCUCACAAUAAAUGUCAAACUAUUGUACAGUACAUGUAUAUUUUAUUCUAAAGUACCAGUACUUAAUGGUAAAUUAUUGUUGUGUUGAUUCAUAAUCAAAUACUGUAAAAGGGUUUAGGUUUUUUUUUAUAAAAAUAAUUUUGAAUAACAAAUGCACCAUUUCAGUAGCUUAUCACAGUAGAUUAUAACUUACCAUUUACAUGCUUUAUGAAACAGGUCCAAGGUAGCAUUUACAGUUUGAUAGCUGGCCUGGAACAUGCACGUACUACUCAUAAAGAAACACAUGAAUUGCAGAAGCCAAUAUCUCAUCACUAAUACUUUGUUUAUGAUUUGUUUUUUAAUGACUGUAUUGAAUUAAUUUUAAUUGAUUUUGAAUAUGCAGCAGAAGUAACAGUUAUUUGAAUGGAAGAUUUGCUACUCUAGAAUCUUAACAAAAAUUACAAGGUCUACAAUAGACAAUUUGCGAUCAUGAUAACAGAUGCAAUUUGAUAUUAUGUUUUCUAUAUUUGCUCAGGGUAUCCAUAAUAGAGGCUGGGAAACAACACAAUGUGGUUACGUAUUAAUACAAGCAAUCUACUUGAUGAAGUGUUUAUUUAUGAAUAUGGAUGUUGUCAUUAAUCUGUUGGUGAAAAUAUACGACUACCAAAGACAAUAGUAGUAUGGAAAACUAAUUGGGUUUUUAGAUGGAAGUGUGUUUUAAUUACAAUAUAAAUAACAAUUAUGUGGACUGUCAUUAUAUUUAUUCAAGGAAUCCAACCCGGAUAGCAA